AUGUCUAUACGAACAAUCCCGACGUAUCAUUCAGCUCCAAAUUUCUCCAUACCACCGCCCGAUGCUAACGGGCCACUACAGCUCGGAACGCUCCUUGCUGACCCAAGCGACCCUAUUCCGCUGAAUCCUAUCGAUCGGAUCCCAGUCCAAGACGAUGAAAUAUUUCGAUCUCACCUUGUCGGGUUUCGAACAACAACGAAACGUCAAAGUAACGGAGAGCUGGGCAUCUUCGCGAAGCUGCUGGGACUAAAGGGGGCCGGCGGCAAGCUCAGCGUCAGUGGAGCCCGAUCCAAAGAAGAGCUCCUUUCCGUAGCCCGUCUCGACACCGAAUUCUUCAUCCCGUCUCUCGAAUACAUCAAACUCGCGAUCGAGGCUCCUGCCGUACGGGCCUUUCGUAAGGCCUCCCGCGAUCGACUGCCGCUGUUUCUGGUCACCGGCAUCAAGAUAGCCCGUGGAGCAUCGGCGUCGGUGCUGCGGGGGCGAGCUUUCGGCGGGGGUGUGGAGGCCGGGAUGCCCGACUUGGUCACCGGCGUCGUCGAGCUCGGGGCCUUGGCUCGGGGUGAAAGGAACGUAGAGAGUGAAGUAGGUUUCGAAGAUGCGUCGGAUUUUGUGUUGGCUUAUCGGGUAUCGCGGGUGAAGAAGAACAAGGACGAAGUAAAAGCGCAGGUGUAUACCAGAGGCGCUACAAUGGUUGCCGAUGAUGUGCAGGAAGUGGUCGAUAGGGAUGAUGGAGAGCUGGAGAUUAUCCAUGACUUUGCCUCAGAAAUCAUGGAGACAGACGAAAUAAUGCUUGACGAGACAGGUAUGGCCGACCAUGAACCUUGCAGAUGGGUAUUGCACCACAUGUAG